ACCUCGAGGAGUGUGAAACCGCGUGUUAAUGUAACCAGCGCGGGCGGAUACAUUGUGUCCCGUUUAUCGCGAUCCCGCCGCCGCCGAGCCGGGUUGUACGUCCCGCGGAGUUUGCUUAUUACACACAGCUUUUAUUUCCAUGGAGGAAGAACCUUUGUGAUUAUUUUUGGGGGUAGAUUGGAUUUUUCCCACCACGGCCUGGAUGGUUCCCCGAGGGAUCCUGGAGAGAACUUUAGCCCGGGAUUGAGCAAGACAGAAACCGAGAGAGGAGGCCGCUGGGAGAGGCUCGCCUGCUCAGGAUGCUGUAGUUCUCGCUGCGUGUUUUUAUUGCUCGUGAGAAUCGUCUCAUGUAGCCCGAUGUGCUGCGGGCCUAGGGAAGCUGCCCCUUGAUUUGCGUCCCGCUUGUGGUUAGGUAGGUGGGUGGGUGGUAGAGGCGGAAUCCUCUCCUUUUUUUGUUCUCUUGACCACGGCCUGGACGAGUGUGCGCGUGUGCUGUUUCUCGACCCCUUUCCCCAGCCGGGUUCCUUUGAGCACAACAAUCCGGCCCCCUGGUUUCCUUCCCGGUGUCCCGCGCGUGACCUGGCCUUGAGACUCUUGCCAGGCGCCGGGAGCAGCACGGCCCUUUGUAUUGCAACUCCUCUGCUGAACUGGGCACUUGACUUGGUUGGAUUUCCCCCUUCAAGGCGAGAGAAAAGGAGCCGCCGCCGCCUCCGCGCGGGCUUUCCGGUCUUACAAGUGCAUCUCGCAAGUUCGCCGCCGGCCCAGAAAGGGGAGCUUGUUUACUUCCUCGUAAAGCCGCUGAAGGACGGGGCCCGCCGGCCACAAGGAAGAGGACCGGGCCCAGCCCGGACGGCGCUCGCGGCCCCGACCCCCUCCCCACCCCCGGUCGUAAAACAAGCGAACAACAAAGGGAGCGGCUGGGCUGGGGUUGGCGCGAGGCAGCGGCGGGGAGGAUGAGCCUGCCGCUGAGGCGACGGGCGGAGUAGCGCACUACUCGGUGGUCGCUCCCCCCUCCCGUCCGUUUGGUUCUUAAAGUUUGGGGCUCGAGUCGAGGAUUACGCUGCAAAGAAGCUAGGCGGCCGCCGGAGCCAUGUUCCCUCAGGGUCGGCAUCCCACACCACAUCAGGCUGCAGGACAGCCAUUUAAAUUCACCAUCCCAGAGUCUUUAGACCGUAUCAAAGAGGAGUUCCAGUUUCUCCAAGCUCAGUAUCACAGCCUUAAAUUGGAAUGUGAGAAGUUGGCAAGUGAAAAGACCGAAAUGCAGAGACACUAUGUGAUGUAUUAUGAAAUGUCGUAUGGAUUAAAUAUUGAAAUGCACAAACAGACGGAAAUUGCCAAGAGACUGAAUACAAUCUGUGCACAAGUGAUCCCAUUUUUGUCACAAGAACAUCAACAGCAAGUGGCUCAAGCAGUAGAACGUGCCAAACAAGUGACCAUGGCUGAGCUGAAUGCCAUCAUCGGGGUACGUGGCCUUCCAGGUCUACCUCCUACACAACAGCAGUUGCAGGCUCAGCACCUCUCACAUGGCCAUGGACCUCCAGUGCCUCUAACGCCGCAUCCAUCAGGACUUCAGCCUCCUGGGAUUCCGCCCCUUGGGAGCAGCGCUGGCCUCCUUGCCCUUUCAAGUGCUCUGGGUGGGCAAUCUCACUUGGCAAUAAAAGAUGACAAGAAGCACCAUGAUGCAGACCACCACAGAGACAGAGAUCCGGGCACAAGUAAUUCGCUCUUGGUUCCGGACAGCCUGCGGAGCACAGAUAAACGUAGGAAUGGUCCUGACUAUUCCAGUGACCUGAAAAAAAGAAAGGUGGAUGAUAAGGAUUCAAGCCACUAUGACAGCGAUGGUGACAAAAGUGAUGACAACUUAGUUGUUGAUGUAUCCAAUGAGGACCCUUCAUCUCCAAGGGCAAGUCCUGCACAUUCACCUCGUGAGAAUGGCAUAGACAAAAGUCGCCUACUGAAGAAAGAUGCUUCUAGUAGUCCAGCAUCCACGGCCUCAUCAGGAAGUUCUGCUUCCAUGAAAUCCAAAGAAAUAGGUUUGCAUGAAAAAGCCAGCACACCUGUUCUGAAGUCUAGCACACCAACUCCACGAAGUGAUAUGCCAACCCCAGGAACGAGCGCUACGCCAGGACUUCGUGCAGGUCUUGGCAAACCUCCAACAAUGGACCCUCUAGUCAAUCAAGCUGCUGCUGGUUUGAGAACACCUUUGGCUGUGCCAGGACCAUAUCCUGCCCCAUUUGGAAUGGUACCUCAUGCUGGCAUGAAUGGAGAGCUGACCAGUCCAGGCGCAGCAUAUGCAAGUCUACACAACAUGUCCCCGCAGAUGAGUGCUGCUGCAGCUGCAGCCGCUGUGGUUGCGUACGGACGGUCGCCUAUGGUUGGAUUUGACCCUCCUCCUCAUAUGAGAGUACCUGGGAUCCCUCCAAAUUUGGCUGGAAUCCCUGGAGGAAAACCAGCUUACUCCUUUCACGUCACUGCAGAUGGUCAGAUGCAACCAGUACCUUUUCCUCCUGAUGCACUCAUUGGACCAGGAAUACCUCGCCAUGCUCGCCAAAUCAACACCUUGAAUCAUGGUGAAGUGGUUUGUGCAGUUACUAUCAGCAACCCAACAAGACAUGUAUAUACUGGUGGGAAGGGAUGCGUCAAAGUCUGGGAUAUAAGCCAACCUGGCAACAAGAGUCCUGUUUCUCAGCUGGACUGUCUGAACAGAGAUAACUAUAUUCGAUCCUGUAAAUUGCUCCCUGAUGGAUGCACCCUGAUUGUCGGUGGGGAAGCCAGCACAUUAUCUAUUUGGGACCUAGCAGCUCCAACUCCACGUAUCAAAGCAGAAUUGACGUCCUCCGCUCCUGCCUGCUAUGCUCUAGCCAUCAGCCCUGACUCCAAGGUCUGCUUCUCCUGCUGCAGUGAUGGGAACAUCGCCGUGUGGGAUCUGCACAAUCAGACUCUAGUCAGGCAAUUCCAGGGCCACACAGAUGGAGCCAGCUGUAUUGACAUUUCUAAUGAUGGUACCAAGCUCUGGACAGGAGGUCUGGACAACACUGUGAGAUCCUGGGACUUGAGAGAAGGGAGGCAGUUACAGCAGCAUGACUUCACAUCCCAGAUCUUUUCCCUUGGCUAUUGUCCCACUGGUGAAUGGCUUUCUGUGGGAAUGGAGAGCAGUAAUGUGGAAGUACUGCAUGUAAAUAAACCAGACAAAUAUCAGCUUCAUCUUCAUGAGAGCUGUGUGCUGUCACUCAAGUUUGCUUACUGUGGCAAAUGGUUUGUAAGUACUGGAAAAGAUAACCUCCUAAACGCUUGGCGAACCCCAUAUGGUGCCAGUAUAUUCCAGUCCAAAGAGUCUUCAUCUGUGUUGAGCUGUGAUAUCUCUGUGGAUGAUAAAUACAUAGUCACAGGCUCGGGAGACAAGAAAGCUACUGUCUAUGAAGUAAUCUACUGAGAAAAAGUUGUGAACAUAACUUCUAAGGUUGAACUGGGCCAAGAUGUUCUUAAUUUGUAAAAAGAAGAAAGUCUUUACCUUUUUUUAAUAAAAAAAGGAAGAACUUGGCUUCCACAUCUUCACAAGAUGCUGUUCAGCAUGUAUUAAAGAGAAGGUGACUUUGUUGAUAUCCAGCUACUGGCUACUUGGACCAAUGUGAAGCACGAAGGCAAGAUGGAUGAAGUAGCAUAAUUUCGGUGGAUUUUAAAAGCAGAGUUUGCUGAAGACUGUUGCAGCCCCCUCCCUUAAGACCUCAUAAAGAUCAUGCUCAUUGCCUGAUUAUGUAGAUUAUGUUUCACUUCUUGCAAUUCUGCCUGCAUUCUGUCUUGUGUAGAGCAGUAGUAUCUUGGAUAAACUUGUUUCCUGAUUUUGUCUUUUGAAAUAUGGAGGGGAUGUGUGUAUUUUUGUUGUUGAAGAUCAAACAUUUGUAUAAAUUGUAAAUAUAUUUGGUUUAUUACAGUAAGGGUUUUAGUAUCAAUAAAUUGUCUCUUUUUCCCUUGAUGACCUUGAAAUGUUCUUUUAAAGGAUUUUUCCCUUUUUUGUAAUUUAAAACUUUUAAUAAGCUAGUUCAUAACUAUGUGAAACAUUUGAGAAGGUCUUUAUAUGCGAAGUAUUCAUGAAACUUGUUUUAUUAGAAUUUGACAGUUUCAUGCAAAAGAUGUAGCAUUCAGAUAUUGUCUUGUACUGCAGAAAAUGGAAAAACACAAACUUUUACACUUAGAAUAAAAUAUAAAUUUUGCAGAGCAGUUUAUACAGAAACAUUUAUAAACAGAUGAUUAAGAAACCAAUUCUAUGAUGCACCAUUAGGUUGCAGUCUGUGGGUUGCCUUCAGUGUUGCAGCUGAAACAAGGAACUCUUCUGAUAGUUUCACCUUUGACUCACUCCCAUUGUUAUAUUGGUAUAUUGCUGCAAAGCACACAGCGCUUUCAAGGAAAGAGUCGGGGACAAAAGUUUCCAGAAGAAUCUGAGUGUUAUUGCAGGUUGUAUAAAUUAUCUUAAGUGGUACAUGUGAUGCAUAGGUUAUUGAUAAAUCUUAGAUGGAUUUGAAGAAAUUUUUAUGCUUUUAUGGUUCAAUUCUCCUAGACAGCCUCCUCCUUUUCAUUUGUUUACCGCCCCCCCCCCAAAAAAAAACCUAGUUUACCUACAAAGGAAUAGCACCUAGAAGCCCUACACAGUGCCUAUGUGAGAGGUCCAUAGGCUUAACUACAGGAAAAGUUUCCCAUCAAGGAACAAAUUUCCUUGUUGCAUCUAGUGUCUGAAGAGACAUUCGUUUUCUUUUCAAUUUACAUGCUCAUUCUGCUGAAUCCAUUUUAUAGUGGUAUAGAAUGGUAAUAGCCCUAAUAUAUAUAACUCUGCAUUUGGAAUGUAAAACAUUAACUAUUUGUGAUGGCCUCGUUCAAUUGCCUUGAAAAUUAGUACUGUUGUCUGUCUGUAUACCUGUGGGCACACUUCAGAUGUGCAUCUGUUUGAAAAUGGGUGACUGAGCAAGUGUGGUUAUGAGAAACUUAUGUAUAUUUGUUUGCUGCUCUCAAGGUGUGAAUCUUUGGCAUUGUUCACAAGUCCUGUCAAGUAUCAUACCUUAGAAAACCUCUAAAUGAGGUUUUCUUGAAUUUACAUGUUAAGAUAAUGUCUCCCUCCACCCCCAAGAACUCCUACUUGAUGGCACAUUAAGUGUGUUUGCGUUUUGAGGAGGCUGUGCUACCUAGUUCAGAAAAGAAUCAAUGGCUAUGAUUGUUAAUGAUGGUUCUGAUUCUGUUUGAGUAAACUAAAGAUAGAAAUUUGUUUCCACUCAACCUGUAUUCUUUUAAAAAUCAAGAAAUUGUAUAGCUGCUGGUAAGUGAUUCCUUCCCCCCACCAUUACUACUUCUUUUAAGACAAAUAAAACACAACAUUCAGUUGCAGAA